AUGCUGUACCCGCCCAAUCAGCCCGUCUACCACCAUUUGGGCAUCUCCAACUCGUUCUCAACCGGCGUGCUGCGUAAAAUCGGCUUCGUUCUGCUGAUCGUUGCCCUCGUCGCAGUGGCGGCCCGAAAGUCGUGGAUCGAGCCGCAAAAUGGUCACAUCAGUCGUCCCAGUCGUUAUGGCAGGGAUGCUAGUGUGGAGUGUCCUUCUGAUCGACCGUUUGUCUGCGACGCCCUUGAUGAACUCGGCCAAGAAUAUCCACCGUGGCUGAAGAAAGACGGCGGCAAGCAGGACUUUGCUAAGAAGAAGCUACGAUGGAAGAGAAGCGACAAAAGAAGCCGUCAGAAGCGCCAGGGUACACCACUUCCAUCUGUCAUCUACCCACGCUGUAUCAAGACGGACGGGUUGCCGGAAGGUCAGAGAGCCAUCGUAGAAGCUGACGAGCUGCUCGACUGCGCCAAGAACCCAUUCUACAAGCAAUUCGGCGCAAUGGCACUGACCGUCUCGAAACUGCCCCCGUGCAGUGACGUCGAUCAGAACCAGAAAUUCUGUGUGGUCACUCGCCAGACCGCCACCCCGACACUGCCACCAACAACUGUUACCCCAGAGGAGCCUGAACAGCUCGGACUCUUCCUCGGCAUCGGCGCCGCGGUCCUUAUUGCUGGCCUCCUCGUCGUCGGUGUCAUCUACUUGCUGAAAUCGGGCGGUCGAAAGAAGGCAGAAGAUGAGCCGGCCGUCGACCCGAAGUCGGAGAGCAGCGACAACUCCCAGGCCGCCACCCCAAAUCAAGCCGAGCCGACCGGCGCU